GUUAGAGGAUCGAUAACAUGUUGGCUGUCACAGCACCAACAGUAGAUACACCAACUACACUGGGCUUUGGAGCCAUUGGAAAUACAACUUUGAACCGCACUUUGGUGGUUCUGACCUCAGCUUUGUCUCUUCUUGGGGCCAUAGUCAUUAUUGUAACAUAUUAUGCGUGGAAGGACAUGCAGUCGACCUCGAGAAAAAUUCUUGUCUACAUUUCCGGCGCUGAUUGCGUUGUAGUGUCGAGUUUUAUGUUUGGUGCAUUUUUACCACCAAACACCAACUCUCCUGCCUGCACAGCUCAGAGUUUGCUCUACACUACAGCUAACCUGUGUUCCAUCUUUUGGACCACAUUUAUGGCCGUCUUUUUGUACAUAUCGAUAGCGAGGAAAAAGCCCAAAUUGGCUGAAAUAAUGUUCUUUAUGUUUCAUGCUAUUGGAUGGGGCGUGCCUGUGCUAAUUGCAUGCAUAGCGCUGCAAAAGGCGUGCUCGGAAACGAUCGCGAUAUUUACAGCUCAGCUUGGUGUUGGAUCAAGGUGCAGGACAGUGGCAAAAAUAUUGAGGAUAAUUACAUUAUGUGGAUGCUUGUCACCGGAAAAGCCUGGGAAGUAUUGGUUUUCAUACUUAUUUUAAUUUUCUACGGGCUGCUAAAAUGUCAUCUUCGACAAGAGGUAGGUGACUGUCAAUGACGUCUUUCUUUAAUAACUUACUGGAUAGGGCAAUACGUGUAUAUUUUUUGCAUCUGAUGAAGUUAAGUGAUUGUGUAUCACAUGUUAUGUUAAGCGUUACCACAUGAUCAAUUCUCUUGCAGCACAUGACCCUUGAAAAUCGUGGUAUUGAAACAAAAAAAUUUCAAAGAUGUUAUGAGCUUCAAAGAAAAUGUACUCUCACUGCGAUCUUUUUCUUUUAUUUUCUGCAUAUUGUACAAUUGCUACGUACUUUCGUACAUUUAUUGCGAUCGUCGCUUUCCGGCUCAUGACUGGACACGCAUCCAAGCAGUUCUUUCGAUCAUUGGUGUAUCACGCGAUCGACUAUUAGUACACGUACAUUGCACGUGUUCCUCUGACGUAACGCAAUAUCAGCGCAUGCUGUAACGCCUUCCUAUGCAUCCGGACUGUCACAUUGAUAUAACAUUCCAGAGGGCGCCAAUACUUAGUAAGUUAUUAUAUCAGAAUGCCAAGUUUCAUCAAUAACAGAAUAUUGUCUCAACUUGAUAAACAAAUCCAGCCCUGGCCGAAGUAAUGUAGAACAUUAAAACUUAAUGUUUUUAUAACAUUUAUUCUUAGGCGUACAUAAACGAAAGAAACCCUAUUGCUCGUAGAUCUCUGGAGGAAGCAAAGAGAUACGACAAAAAACUGACAUUAGUUCCUGUUAUUUUCCUCUUUUUGCGAUCCUGGGGAAUGAUGCGCUUCGCAAUUUACUCGAGUUCAUCUGUGCAUGAAUCAAAACCAGUAAGGAACGCUCAAGAAGUCUUGAUCUAUUUCCAGGUGAGUGUUCCAACGGUCUGUUCUUGGUAUACUCGCGAGUGGAGUGGAGAAGAGUAUGCGUGAAACAACCGUGAGAGGAAUAGGGAGAGGGAUCGGACGCAUCGCCUUCUGGGGAUCUGAAGAAAUUUACAGACCCAAUUUUUGCUCUAAAGUCCUUCAAAAUUCAACUUCGUCAUUCUCAGAGUUACUUGCUUGACCUGAAAUCAAUCUACCUCCUCUCUGCCUGGUCACGCAACGCUCCCAUCUUUAGGAUUGCGUGACGAGCCAGGAUAAUAGUGGGGGUACAAAUGAUUCAAAAUAGGCCAGAAAUUACUCGCUGACCGAAAAAUAGGAAUGUAGUUACCUCCAUGAUCCUAGUAAUUACAAGAGGAUAUUUUCUGUCUUAAGUGAAACCAAAUCGACAAAUCGAGCUUCGUAUACACCCGUUAGUUUACAGUUCAGUGGUAAGUGAAGAAACGUUUACAAAUUACUGAUAUCUUUUCAGGGAGUAUUUGAAAGUGCACAGGGCCUCACCAACUUUCUUAUGUUCUGCCUGUUUACCAAGAAAUUCCAAGUGAAUAUGAAGAAAACAAUUCAUAGAUACUGCAACAUAUCGUACUGCCCUGUAGAUCUCGAUAUUCAAAACACGGAUGACAGCCAGAUCGAACCACCUUCAUCAGAAGAGAACGAAAGCUCUUCGAUAUUUGGAACCUCAGAUUUUGGUCCGAAAUAUUCCUAUCAUACCGUGAGUCAGUUGAAUUCUAAGAGCAAUACUUUAAAUGGAAGGAAAAAUGAGGAAGAGUGAACACAAAACAAAA